AUGACUUCUUAUUUUUAUUCAUCCAAACAGGGCAGCAAAAAGAAGUAUCCGCUCCCGGUGGGCUUUAACGAUGAAGACGUCAUUCAAAUCCUGCACGAUCAUUCAAUGCUGUCACAGAUAUUCUGGCCGCAUUCCUCCACCGCAGUUCGGCCGGAGACGGAUGCUAAACCCAAUAUGUCUCAGUUCAUCGUUAGAUCAGAAGAUUCAAGCUACAAAGCGGCUAUAAGCAGCCAGAAAAAUGGGGUAACAUGCACCGAAGAACUGCCGCUUGGAUUCAAGAUCACAAUCACCUACGUAGUAGCUGGCUGGGAUCAAUUCGCCGAAGAACAAAGCAGAAACAGUGACAAGGAUGAAGCAGCAUCGAGCUCAAGCUUGCUCGAAUACUCCGCGUCUCUGCCAAAUCACCAACUCUAUCUAGUGGAGGAGAGAUCCAUGACUGCUCUCAAACCAGCUAUGUUAUUGAUGAAAUGGAAGAACGAAGGGAUCGUUGCAAAAACAAAGAAUCUCUUGCAGGUGUUGGAAGACAUAGGUGGAACCGGAAAGGACCUCUUAUCUGCAUUGGCGGAUUUGACCAGCAUGACAACGCUCGAAGACGCAAACACAUUAGUGGAGAAAGCGAAGAAUAAAUAG